AUGUCUAACACUAAUAACUUUUUUAUUCGUAAUCGUAACGAAAAGCAAGGAAAAUUAUAUUUUAAGACGUGGCUUCCGCAAGCGUAUUUUCCAACCGUGGAAUUGCUAAGGAAAAGUGUCCUUGAGACAGCUGUAAAGAAAUACAAUGACGAGCUUGAUGUAGCCAUAACAAUGUGUAAGCUUCAAGAGUGGAAUUCGGCUGUAAAAAAAUUGGAACAUAUAUCUAAGCAAUUUUCGGCCUAUGUUGGUGCUCUGAAUCCGGACGAACAACGUCAACGAGCUUUUAGUGAAGCGUAUAAAGAAGAAAAAAGACAGCGCGAAGAAUACGAAAAACAACAGAACCAAGGGAUCAUUCGAAAAAAUAUCGCCGAAAUAGUUGACAACUGUGUAGAAGUCGAAGAAGUGCUAAACGAAGUCCGUGAAUGUUUAGAACAGCUAGAUUUGUCUUCUAUUAAUCCAGAUGAUCCGAUAGCCUCUGGAAUUUUGGAUGUCGCAGAAGGAGUGGAUGGGGUGGCCGAUGAGUUAUCAAUAGAGACAAAAGAGGUUCUUAAUGAAGCCGGAUUAACUGAACCAGAAUUUUCGAAGACAAUGGAUGCUAUGUUGGAUGAAUUUAUUAAUGGCUAUAGCCUAUUUGGUUCCGAUUUUGAUCCAGCUCUUGCUAACCCAAUUACUUUUCCACGAGAUGAAAGUAAUUUAAACGCGC